CUGCCAAUGAGCUCCGCCAAGUAGCAAAGGAGGCAGGGCUAAUCCUUAAAGGAGCCGCGACCCGUUAGCAGACCAGAGGGUGACCCGGAUGAUGGCGGCCGGCACGGCCCUAGCCCUGGCCCUGGCCCUGUGGCUACUACUGCUGCCAGUGGGGGUGGGUGGGGUGGGACCCCCGCCGAUCCAGGACGGCGAGUUCACGUUUCUGUUGCCCGCAGGGAGGAAGCAGUGUUUCUACCAGUCCGCGCCGGCCAACGCAGUUCUCGAGACCGAGUACCAGGUGAUCGGAGGUGCUGGGCUGGACGUGGAUUUCACGCUGGAGAGCCCUCAGGGUGUGCUGUUGGUCAGCGAUUCCCGCAAGGCUGACGGGAUGCACACGGUGGAACCCACGGAGGCCGGGGACUACAAGCUGUGCUUUGACAACUCCUUCAGCACAAUCUCCGAGAAGCUGGUGUUCUUUGAACUCAUCUUCGACAGCUUGCAAGAUGACGAGGAGGUCGAGGGCUGGGCGGACGCGGUGGAGCCCGAGGAGAUGCUGGAUGUCAAAAUGGAGGACAUCAAGGAGUCCAUUGAGACCAUGAGGACCCGGCUAGAGCGCAGCAUCCAGAUGCUGACACUGCUGCGGGCCUUUGAAGCACGUGACCGCAACCUGCAGGAGGGCAACCUGGAGCGGGUCAACUUCUGGUCAGCUGUCAACGUGGCCGUGUUGCUACUGGUGGCCGUGCUGCAGGUCUGCACGCUCAAGCGCUUCUUCCAGGACAAGCGCCCCGUGCCCACAUAGCUCCUGCCCCGGGAGGAAGAAUGGGGAAAGAGGAGGGGCAGCGGGGAGUGUGUGAUUUGGGGGUCCCUCCCCAACUUAGUUUCCUGCAAGAGGGGAGGCUGUGCAGCUGGGGCCUGAGGCGUGGCCCAGUGUAUCUCAUCCCUUCCCAGGUGGGCAGGGAACAUCGCUGGCUUGCAAGCCUGGGCCCUGCAGGAUGGGUGGCUCGGUGGUCACACCUACUUUCCUGGAAAAUCAUGGAUGAUGGAAAUCAUGGAUGGAUGGAUGUUCUGCCCCCCCCC